UAUGCCAUUUUGUAUUUAGAAUAGAUUACAAUCACAUCAUGGAUGCCAUAGGGACAUAUUACCUGCAGAUCGGAUGGUCAUGCUCUGUGACUGAUUGCUGAUUGUACCUUGAUACCUUGAUCCUUGCUCGUGAUUUGAGUAAAUAGCGUGACAGGUCAAUACCAGGGUAGCUGCUAUAUGGAGUACCUGCAGCGUUAAACUGUCAUAAAUGUUUAUAUCGAGUCCAGAUUUGAAGCUUGGGGCGAUGCUAUACUUACAGCAGACAGAACAAUCAUCACUACAGUACCAUGACACAUGCGGCUUGAGGCGAUCCUAUACUUACGGCAGUCAGAACAAUCAUCACUACAGUUUACUGACACGUGUGGCUUGAGGCGAUCCUAUACUUACGGCAGUCAGAACAAUCAUAACUACAGUAUACUGACACAUGUGGCUUGAGGCGAUCCUAUACUUACGGCAGUCAGAACAAUCAUCACUACAGUUUACUGACACAUGUGGCUUGAGGCGAUCCUAUACUUACGGCAGUCAGAACAAUCAUCACUACAGUUUACUGACACGUGUGGCUUGAGGCGAUGCUAUACUUACAGCAGUCAGAACAGGGAAGAAGCCAUGCUAUAAGCUUUUCCCUUCAACUCACUAAAUACAAAUUACAAAAUAUGACAUUGCACACUUUCUCUAUCAUAUCUUCUGAGGAGCAGCCGGGAGCAACACUUCUUGUAUUAAGGGGAAAUAAAGCCGUCAACAGGAGACAUGCAUCUCUGUGGUUGUGAAACAAGGAUGCUAUAUGUGCAACACAUCCAUCAACAGCCACCUGACGCCUGUGUGACACAGAACAUCAUUUGAUCACAUACAGCUGGUCUGUAUAGUCUACCAACGGGACACAUAUGUAUAUCAGGCGAACUGUGAUUUCAGGUCAACGGGAUGGUCGUCUUGCUGCUGUUGUGGAUGGCAUGCAUGGUAAUUGCUACUGAAGCUGGUCAAUGUAAGGAUAACCAACACUGUUCAGACUGUGCCAACACGACGGGUCAGUGCCUCACUGUGUGUGACACUGGGUAUUUUGAUCUGAAAUGUUUGUCUGUUUGUGACGGGUAUUGUAAAUAUAACCUGUGUAGUCAGUCAGACGACGGUGGUGGACGUUGUACCGAGGGAUGUAUCCCAGGAUAUCAAGGCAGGAGGUGCAACAUACCAUGUGACAGUCCAGGAGGUAACUGUACAGCAUGUCCAGGUGGUUGUGAUGGAGGAUAUUGUCAGCUGGGCUCCUCCUGUGUGUCUGGAUGUGUAGACUCCUACUUCGGGACCGACUGUGAAUCUGGUGAUAACGUGGAACUGACGAUAUCACUAUCUACAGGGCUAGCUACAGCAUCUGCGGUUUUCAUUGUGAUGGUUGUCGUUGCUUGGUGCUGCAGUUAUUGUCAAAGCUUGAGGAACGACAGCUUUCAGCUGUACGUCACGCCUACCCACGACAUGCAUGCUCUAACAGGGGUCAGUGAUGCUCCUCAAUAUGAUGUUGUUGACGAAGUAAAGAUGUAUGAUGCGCUCACUGGUGAGGGGCAAGCAGGCUGUGACAGUCGUUCCGGGUAUGUGGGGCUGAGGUCGGUGCAGCAUACCACCAUAUCACGUGGUCUGGAACAUGCUGACUCAGCUGAACCGGGAACCUCAUCAAUGACUUGUGGGCGUGCAGGUGCUACGUUGUGUGUUUAAAAUCAUGACGUUAUAGAAACAGAGGAUGAAGAUGUAUCUGUUGCCGAUAUACAUGUAGUCAUCAAGAUUCGCAACGGCAACACACUAAGGUGCAGCAAGUUCUAUUUCUGUUCUAGCAUUUUAGAUAAAACCCAAAUUUGUCAAACGAACGCAGGAUGAAACUAGUGCUACAUAGCAUUGGAUCAUAUUAUUUUAGAUUAAAAGUCAAGGAUCGAGAAGUCUUAAAUGUCUAGUGAUUCAACGAGAGCGAACAUCGCUCUGACAAUACAAGGGUAAUAUCUGCAUGCGUUAGAAGCAAGGACGAGCCUUCUAUAGCUGCAUGAAUACACAUCUCUGCUCUCAUUUACCAUUACCUAUACAAAAUAGGAAAUCUAGUUCACCAUUCAUAUGCCCGAGCAGAAGAAUUGGGAAUUUAAAUACUGUCAAUAGGGUUAGCUGUAAUUACGUCUGAUAUUGUAGUCUUUGGUAGACAUUUACAGGUUGGAAGAACAUCAACAUAAAAGGCCUAUGAUUAUGAGAGACAUGUACUUCUACACUGCGAAUAUUUUAUAAAUGAACGAUUUUUUUUUCUUCUCAUUCUUCUUGACAAACUGGAUUUUGAAAGUUAUGUUCAAAGUGAACUUUUGGAAGCGAAUGAUAUGUUCGCACUAUUUUGGGGCUCAGUAAACAUACAAUCUGGAAUUAUGAAUCAGUUUACAUGGGAAAACAUAUCAUUAAUAUUCUGUGAAACGUAUUAGAUUAACCCCAAUUAAAUCUGUUGUAUUGUAAUAGUGCUCACUUGUGUAUACAGUUAAUGACGAAAAUAUAUAUAUGUGUGUGUGUAUAUAUGUGUAUAUGUGUAUUUUAUGUGUUAAUAAUACACAUAUCUGUAUAAAUACUAGCACAAUGC